AGGAGCGGGAAAUGCUCAAGAGUAAGCAGAAGAAAGACAACGACUCUCUCUGCAUCCAGUACGAGGACAGACUCUCAGUGUGCGCAGGCAGUCAGCAUGUUCUCCUCCAGAGCUAUUCCAAAGGCCGCCUCCUUCCGCAGGUUCGCCUCGACUCUUUCCCAAAAGUCCACUAGCAAUACAUCCCUGGCACUCGCAACCCUCACAUCUGCUGGCCUCGUGGGCUCGUACGCGUACGUCUACGGAUCUCCCAUCAGCGCCAAUUCGCCACUGGAGAAUGGCUUGCACUCGCCCGCCUAUCCGUGGCCCGAGAAUGGCAUGCUCUCGUCCUUCGACCACCAGUCCUUGAGGCGUGGCUACCAGGUGUACCGCGAGGUCUGCUCCGCUUGCCACUCCCUCGACCGCAUCGCUUGGCGUAAUCUCGUCGGUGUGACACACACAGUCGAUGAAGCCAAGGCAAUGUGCGAGGAAAAUGAGUACGAGGAUGGCCCCGACGACCAAGGCGAGAUGUUCCAACGCCCUGGCAAGCUCUCAGACUACAUGCCACGCCCAUAUCCCAAUGACGAAGCUGCACGAGCUGGAAAUGCCGGUGCACUGCCACCUGAUCUUUCGCUGAUUGUCAAAGCUCGUCACGGCGCUGCCGACUACGUCUUUGCACUGCUCACUGGAUACGUUGACCCACCAGCAGGCGUUCAGCUUGCUGAGGGCAUGAACUUCAACCCAUACUUCCCUGGUGGCGGUAUUGCCAUGGCCCGUGUUCUUUACGACGGUCUGGUCGAGUAUGACGAUGGCACCCCAGCGACGACCUCUCAAAUGGCCAAGGAUGUGGUCAGCUUCCUGCAUUGGGCUGCUGAGCCUGAGCUCGAUGAGCGAAAGAAGAUGGGUUUCCAGGCGGUUGUGCUACUUUCGGUACUGUUCCCUCUCGCACUCUACAUGAAGCGGUUGCGAUGGUCUGUGAUCAAGUCCAGGAAGCUUGUCUACAACCCGCCCGUCAAAAAGUAGGCCUUCCUUUAGAUUCUCGUUCUUAGCAAGCAUCAAGUGACCAUGUCCAG